AUGGCCACCGCCACCAGGGCCACCCUCGCCACCAUCGCCACUAUCGCCACCGCUACCAGGGCCACGCACUAUUGCCACUACCACCCUGGCCACGCAAGGAUGACUCGUGAUCAUUCUAAUGGCGGGUUCAAGUCCUAUGACGUUGACUGGGAUGAUUACGAUGGUUGA